UACAUGAGUCACGAAACGUUCCAACAAAUUGCUUUUGAAGGCGUUGAAGGAAUCUGGAAGACCAAAUCCAAAACACAUUCUACAGCUACAGGGAGGAGGAAACUGCAGUUCAAUAUCGUUAUGUUGAUUGUUUCUGUGGUGGUGCGGCAGUCGUUGCCAUGACAGCAUAUAGUUGGCAAACUCCUCUGUUACCAUCGAUUAGGAUUGACAAUUGACAAUACACAUUUACACGCAUUGCUAUGGUCAAAUUGUCGAUAUCUUCGGUGUUUUGGACGAGACGAACCGCAGUGACUUUGUCUCGUGGAAUGCCGCAUAAUGUUGUUAGUUGAGCAAUGAACAACCUAAAAAGUAGUUCACAGCUUUCGCGUUUGGUGCACCUACUAUCCUGAUUCAAUAGAUGUUGGCAGGACACCACAGGAGAAAGCUGUUCAGUAAUGCGGUAUCAUACUACGACUAUACCUUCAAACGCUAUGAGUCCUGAAUCAAACUAAUUAAAAUGGGGACAUCCGAAACUGAUGCAGUAUUCGCAUAUUCAGGUACAGAGGAUGAAGAAGAAGAAUAUUAUGAACAAGAACAUCUACCUCCACUCCUUGAAGAUGAGGAGAACGUGUCGCUGGCAGAUAUCCUCUCCUUGCGGGACAGUUGUCUCUGUGAGGAGGAGGUGUGGGCGGUGUGUGUGGAGUGUGUGUUGGCCCUGCAGAGCAUCGGCCCUUCGUCUCUCUUUCACACCUUGUGUAUAACACCCGACACGCUUGCCUUCAACGCCCAUGGCAACGUGUGUUUCAUGGAGCAGCUCAGCGAUGAUCCUGAGGGCUCCUUUAUACCUCCUGAGUUUGACAAGACUGGUUGUACGUUUGAGGGACACGUGUUCUCUCUGGGCUCCACCCUCUCCGCGGCGCUGGACUUUGUGAUCGAGCCCGAGCUGGAGGCGGAGCCGGGGGAAGAGACUCAGAGACUGCUGGACCAGAUGCAGGAGGAGAGGCCAGAGGACAGGCCACGUCCACAGGACAUACUCUCCCUGGCCGAAUCCAAACUAGCUCACACCUCCUCUGCAGCCGUGUGCAGAAAGCUCUCCUCCAUCGGACGGAGAGUUCUUUCCAUAGAAUCGGUCUCCACUUUCCAAGAUGGCCCUGAGAGCUCCUGGGAAGCCAGGUGGCAGCAGCCAAAGAGCAGCCGGCAGCUCCACAGGACCAGCUCAGAUGACAGCACCCAGGACGCUGACCCACAUCCCCCAGCUGAGAGGCCGGAGUCGAACGGCCUUUCCAGGAGGAGCGUCUGUGAGGCCUGGGACGUCUCCCUCUGGGCCGAGGUGAUGGGGGAGGGAGACGGGGAAGGGGAGGCCCAAGACGAGGACAUCUUCGGAGCCCAGUCAGACUGCCGGUCCCAGAACAGCUCCCCGGUGCGGCGGAGAGCGCAGGAUCGAUCCGGUAGGGUGAGGGGAGCCCUCAACCGCUCCUGCUCCGUCCCGGACUCCAACAACCCCCCCUCCCUGCCCCCAACCCCCCACGGGGACAUCAGCGUGCCCGUGUGUGACCUGACAGAGAUAGGGGCUGAGGGGCACGUCCUGUCCCACAGACCAGUGUGGAGUAGCAGGCUCCACAGAGGAGAGCAGGGGAAGAGCCCGUCGGAGUGUUCUGAGUCGCGUGGGAUCUCCGUCGGGGACAGUGGGACGCGCGAGGUCACCCGAGACCAGCCUGUCUGUCGAGGUGCAUCAGAGUCGGAUGCUAGUCACAGUAGAGCUCAGGACAGAACGUCCUCCUGCUCCAGUCAGGACCUGGAGGCAUCGCUCGACUCGACCAGCGACGAGACUCCAGCGCCCAACCACCUCUACACUCCUAAUAACCACAUGACCAAAAGCAUGCUGUGCCUCAAUGAAGAAUCUCAGGACGAGUGGAUCUCUCUAAGGGAGCUGCUCACACAGUGUGGGCGGAGGCUGUCUGUUAACGAGCUGUGGGCUCUGUGUCACACCUGCCUGUCUACACUCCAGACCUACAUCGACUAUCCAGCCUUCCUAUGCCUGGAGACCGUCUAUGUGGGCUGCGAGGGAGAAAUGCUGUUCCUGAAAUCAAGAAACACAGGAUCUUGUGAUGCCUUUUUUCUGGCCCCUGAGUUUCAGGAGCAUGGGAUUGUAACUGAAAAGGCCUGUGUGUAUGGAGUGGCUGCAAUACUCUGGGCCACCGCCAAGUUCAGCCUGACACCCAAUCAGAAGCUGGCCAUGCCCCGCAAACUGAAGAGGUUACUCCUGGAGAUGGCCAAGAGAACCCCGAUAGAAAGGCCUUCCAUUGUAAUGGCUAAAAAGAGCUGCAGGGACUACCUGUUCCGCCAGGGGACCAGCGCAGAGAGUGUCUGGAAGAAGCUCAUCAGCAGAGUGCAUCAGCCACACUCGAGGACCGUAGAUAGAGAGGACCGUUAUGGGAUGGAUAGUGAAAGAAGUGAGGAGCCAACACAUAUCAAGAGUGGAUUUGUGCCCACGGCCACUGAGAGCCGAUUGGCUCCUGUGCCUGGCCCUCUUCCCCAUAGCUAUCCAAUCAGCAGGAGCUUGCAGCUCCCGGAGGCUUUCACUUCCUCUGCCACACACUUCACCCCCAUCAUCCUGACCCAAGAGCGAGACCCAGACGAGGAGAGUCCUCCACCUGCUUCUGACAGUCAGGGAACUGUGGAUGAAUUCACAAGAGGCAGUCACAGUCAACACGCACAAGACAAGGACCAAGAUCCCACCCCACGCCGUGAAGCCCCGCCCCUAACCCAGGAAGACAGAUACCUGCAGUCAGACAGGCAGGGAGGAAGCCUUGUCGAUCAAAGAGCCACACGACACUCCUCCUCCACGGCCUCCAGUGCCAAUACACUGGUCAGCUCUCCAUCACUGACUGCCUCUGAAUUUUCCAAUCAGGAAGCAAGAAUCCCUCCUCUUCUAAACUCAUCCUGCUCCCAUCUCACUGGCUGUGGUGUUUUUAAUAACUUCCUCCUUCGUCAGGACCUCCAGACGGGGAGUCUCACCUUGGUGCCUGUUCACAUAUCUGCUCCAGAUGCGACCACUGAGUUGGAAGUCAUCCUUCCAUUUUCAUCCCACUCCCUCCAAGGCCAACCCCUUCUUCCAGGAGAGCUUGGAAGUGACUUUGUGGGUCUAACAAUGACCUCUAGAGACCAGCCGACUCUUUGCCAGGAGUCCGGAGCCCCCCAGCCCUACCCUGACCCAAGGCCCAUCACCUGCAGCCCUCCCUCGGACCCCACCGAGCCCAUGUCGGAGUCCUCCAGUGGGGAGACAUGCUCCAGGGCAGAGGGGGAGUCACUCUCCUCACCCCAGAUCCAUCCUGCCCUACAGGAGGUCAUCGCCCUGCUCAGGGGAGAGUUUGCCUUCGAUGGCUAUCUAGAGAAUGGAGAGGAGGACCUGGCUAUGGGAGAGUACAUCUUUUCCCUGAAGGACCUACAGUACCACACGUUUGCCAAUGUCGUGAAGGAGAAGUUUAGAGAUCUGUACUGGGAGGAGGACUUACUGGGAGUGCUCUACUGUCUGGUUAACUACAACCUAUCGUCACUCGUCUCUAAUGAACAGCCUCCAUCAAAGCCUCGUCAAAGGGCAGCCAUCCCGCCCCUGAGAGGGAGGAGAGAGGGGAAGGAACCGCUCCCACUUCGUCCACUCGACCUGAACGCCAACGUGAACCUCCGUGACCCGGGACGUCCAGAGGUGUGGGAGAGAACUGCCAUCGAGCAGGAGGCCGGACUCAGGGACACCCAAACGGAAUCACACCGAGAUACUGAAGGCAGAACUGUCCACGCCGGAAAAGGAUCCCAACAGGUUAUACCAGUGGAGUGUCUACACCAUGGCUGUCAAGGUCUGGGUGUGAAGGCUGCAGAGGACUCGGCUGCGGGGGCCAUGGAGAGCGGGGAUCAUCCAGUGGGGGGCGACGAUGAAAGCCCCUCUGAAGCCAGCUCUCCCUGGGGGAGAGAGGAGGUCCCAAGAGGGGGUCACCAGGGCCAGACCAGCCCUGACUGCUCAGAGGACAUGGAGGAUACAGACUCUCUGGUGUCUGAGCGCUUGCUCUCUCCCAGCUCUGGAGCUGAGGAACAGGGUCUUAGCCCUCGCCCGUCUUGGGCCCUGGCGUUCCACGGGGAAGACUGCUUCAGCCAGGAGGUGGUCAACUACACCCUGAACCUGGGACAGCACGCCGAAUCUCCUUGUCUGGAGCAGAAAACACAGGAGCUUCAACAGCAGCUGAUAAUAGAGACUAGGAAUCUGAAAAAGACCAGAACUUUCUACCAAAGGCUGCUCCAUCAGGAGAGGAAAAACAGAGGUUCUGAGACCAAGCUCAUGCUGUCUAAAUUAAAGGGCCAACUUGAGGAGCUCAAAACCAAAGUGGAGUUUCUGGAUUCAGUGAAGAAAUAUCUUGAGGUGUUGAGUAUCGAUCGGUGGGGUGUAGAGGCAUCCCUGCUCCCCUCCCUGGCUGCACGUGGUCCUGGCUCUCUGGAGCUCCAGGCCUUUGAGGACCCUACGGUGCUCAGCUUUGGGACUGGCAGAGGGAAGACCACCUUGCAGGCUGGAUCCCCCUUUGGCCUCAUGGCCUACUUGUAUGCUAGAAAUGCACCUUUGGAGGGCUAUAUCCAGCAGUUCCUGUACACUUAUCGUUAUUUCUGCACUCCAAAGGAGUUCCUACAGUUCCUGAUGGAUAACUUCAGCAGAGCGGCAGGGUACAGCUAUAUAAGUGAUUCAGACAUAGAAGGGGACAGUGCUAAGGUGUACCAUCGCAGCCUGGACCUGUUGGAGGCUUGGCUGGCUGACUGUAGGCUGGUGGACUUCAGCCCGGAGUCCAGUCUACACAACACCCUGGAAAACUUCCUCACCUCCAAGGUGUCUCCUGUGGACAGCAGGGGGGAGAGCCUUCUAGCCACACUCCAGCGUUCUCCUAAGAAGAGGUGGAGCCAGGGAUCCAGCAGCCCUAUCAGCAUGCAGGAGGAGGAGGACUUGCAAUCUGUCCACUCCUUGUAUAGAAAGAACUCCAUUGAGGACCCUGGGAGGAAGGGCUUCCAGUGGAGGUUCUCCAGAGUGGUGGAGCCCCAGGCAUCCCUGCCCAAGGAGAAGGCGUACUCCAUAGCGGCAGCCCUGCCGCGGCCCUGCUACAGCUCCCUGAUGGAGGACCUGUCCAGCGUCUGCCUUCGCAGCGAGGAGCGCCAGCCCUUCAGCCAGAACGAGCACAGCGCUCAGCACAUAGCACAGCAGCUCACCAUGUUGCAGCAGGAGAUGUUCCGAGGCUGUCACCCAGUUCACUUCCUGAAUUCUCGAGCACAGGGAGUGAGAGAUAAGGCGACUUGCAAAAGUGUGUCCCACCAUCUCCCUCCAGCAGAGGGCAGCAGUCUCUUUGUGUGUGACGGGCCAACUCAGGACAGCCCCCUCCAGCAGCUGCUUAGAUAUGCUGACAGUUUCACCAACUGGGUCUCAGCUGAGAUUGUCAUAUGUGACUCUGUGAAGACGCAAGCAGCUUUGCUGACUAAGUUUCUGUUAACUGCUAAACACUGCUAUGAGUCCAGAGACUUUUCUACGACCAUGCAGAUCCUUGGAGGGCUAGAGAAUGUGAUUGUACGGCAGUUACCGGCUUGGAAACAUCUGUCUGCUAAAGUGUGUGAGAUUCUAGAGGAGCUACGUGCUGUGCAGGUCUUUCUGAAGAGUGACAACCUGUGUCUGAUGGGUGGAGAUCAGGGAAGGAGGAGACCCACCCUCCCCUCCGCCCACAUCCUGGCUAUGCACCUUCAGCAGCUGGAGAUCGGGGCCUUCACCCUGACCAGCGGGGCCUACAAAUGGCCCAAGCUCAGGACCAUAGCGAAGGUAGUGAGCCAGGUGCAUGCGUUCCAGGACAGCGUGUUCUCCUACAGUGCUGACCCAGACCUCCAGGCUUACCUGAGGCUGCGCAUUGCCCACCUCAGCACCUGUGACGUCCACUUGCUGGCCGCAGACAACGACGCCAACUUCCACCAGCUCCACGCCGAGAGACACACACGCCUCAUCCAGGACACGCUGAGGAGAGUGAAGGCAACCUUCCAGUGACUUCCAGACAGGAAUACUGGAGCCUCUUUAUCCCCUUGGCAACAAAUAGUUCCAAAAGAAUGUGUGGAAGGAUAUCUUUUUGUGAUAUUGUUUUGGUUGAUUAUUUGUUCUAUUGCAUAUCUCAUAUCAUUCAUAUCAUUGUUUUUUUGUCACAUGCCUCUCCACAGGAGCAUGUCCUGGUUGAGUUGAAAAUCACUCGUAACCUUCUAAAGGGAGCAUUCAUGCGCAAUACCUGCAUUUGAACCAUAACCUGAAUAGAGAAUGCGAAGCUACGUCAUGCUGCAUUGCAUGCAGCCACCAUCUUGUGAGGCUCGUGCUAACCCUAUCCCUAGGAAAAGAAAAAGAAAGUGGGCCCUACUGGGACAAGCUGAAUGCCAAUGGCAAGCAAUUAUAUUUGGAAACAUUUAACACCAUUAACAACAAUGGUUUAAUGCAGCAGGAAUCACCUACCAUUGUAAUAUUUUCCCAAAUCUAAAAGAAUAUCAAAACCCAGCCGUAAACACACUAGCAGAAAAGAAGCUUGACCCCUCAUAAUAUGGUGUCGACACUAAACACAGUUUUAAACACAGCGUGAUGUCAGCUUGUAUCACCUGACAUUUUUAUUGAAAUCCCUUUUUAGAUGAGAAAUGAAUGUACUAAAAAUGAUCUUUACUUUGGAUAAUUCUUGACGUCAAGACCAACGUAGUUUGAUUUAUCUCUCAAAGACCCUUAAUUUCUUGCUAGUCAGACAUCAAUUAGCACCACCUAAAUGACAGCAAAUGUAAAAUGUUGAUAAUAGUAAUAAGCUGUAUGGGUUGGACAGAUGUCAACAUGGAAGUAAUGGUUGCACUAACCAUUACAGUUUAAUUAAGGUUGACUAUUGCUUACAGCAAUACAAACAGUUUAUCUAGUUUCAGUAGCCUAUUGCUCUCAGAAAAUGCUGUUAUCUUUCAUACUGUUUAAGUACAUCUUGCAAAAUGAAAAUAAUUAGUGUGAACAUCAAACAACUAAAAUAGAUUCAAUUUAUUGUGAUUUCAAUCAUGUGAAUAGCUAACAUGUAUUAGAACAAAAAGAUCAACAACAAUAUAUCAAUGAUCCUAGGCUUACAUGUUCACAUCAAGCUUUAGCAAACUCAGUUUGUGUUGUCACUUUUUCUUAUCUUCUUUGUUCAUGAAUAUAGUGUAGAUACUAUAGUCCAUAAACAAAGCCAGAUGCGCCAUUGAUCAUGCUCAAAAGCUGUGGCAGGUCACUUUGAAUAAAGUGAGCUUUUAAUAUACUUCA